AUGAUAGCUUUCAUGACCAUCGCCUUCUAUGUUUCCGUGUUCUUGCUCAACUCAAAUCUCAUUCAGAAAGCCAUUGAGAUUUGCAGGGAAUGUUUGAUUUUGCUAAAUAGCACCGAUCAAAACAGCAAAGACAACUUUAUAGUUGUUUUCAGCAAGAUGCUGUUUAUCUUAUACAUAAAGUCUGGAAUUAUGCUUCACACACUUGGCGAAAACCUAAAGGCGAAGGAAUAUUUUGAGAGGGCCCUUGCUAUAGCUACCGAAAUUGGCGACAGAAGAGGAGAAGCAUCAUGUUAUGGAAACCUAGGUACUGUGUUUUUGUCGCUCGGACAAUACGCCAAGGCUAGAGAGUAUCUCCAAAAGGCGCUUGUCAUCAAAACUGAAAUUGGCGACAGAAAAGGGGAAGCAUCAUGUUAUGGAAACCUAGGUACUGUGUUUCAGUCGCUCGGGCAAUACGACAAGGCUCAAGAGUAUCUCCAAAAGGCGCUUGUCAUCAGAACUGAAAUUGGUGACAGAGAAGGAGAGGCAACUGACUACGGAAAUCUUGGUAAUUUGUUUGAGUCACUCGGGCAAUACGACAAAGCUGAAGAGUAUCUCCAAAGAGCGCUUGUCAUCAAAACUGAAAUUGGCGACAGAAAUGGGAAAGCAACAUGUUAUGGAAACCUAGGUAUUGUGUUUCAGUCGCUCGGACAAUACACCAAGGCUAGAGAGUAUCUCCAAAAGGCGCUUGUAAUCAAAACUGAAAUUGGUGACAGAGAAGGAGAGGCAAGUGACUACGGUAACCUUGGUACUGUGUUUAUGUCGCUCGGACAAUACGCCAAGGCUAGAGAGUAUCUCCAAAAGGCACUUGUCAUCAGAACUGAAAUUGGUGACAGAAAAGGAGAGGCAACCGACUACGGUAGCCUUGGUACUGUGUUUAUGUCACUCGGCCAAUACGACAAGGCUCAAGAGUAUCUCCAAAAGGCGCUUGUCAUCAGAACUGAAAUUGGUGACAGAAAAGGAGAGGCAACUGACUACGGAAAUCUUGGUAAUUUGUUUGAGUCGCUCGGGCAAUACGACAAAGCUGAAGAGUAUCUCCAAAGAGCGCUUGUCAUCAAAUCUGAAAUUGGCGACAGAAAUGGGAAAGCAACAUGUUAUGGAAACCUAGGUAUUGUGUUUCAGUCGCUCGGACAAUACACCAAGGCUAGAGAGUAUCUCCAAAAGGCGCUUGUCAUCAGAACUGAAAUUGGCGACAGAGAAGGAGAGGCAAGUGACUACGGUAACCUUGGUACUGUGUUUAUGUCGCUCGGACAAUACGCCAAGGCUAGAGAGUAUCUCCAAAAGGCGCUUGUCAUCAGAACUGAAAUUGGUGACAGAAAAGGAGAGGCAACUGACUACGGUAACCUUGGUACUUUGUUUAUGUCGCUCGGCCAAUACGACAAGGCUCAAGAGUAUCUCCAAAAGGCGCUUGUCAUCAGAACUGAAAUUGGUGACAGAGAAGGAGAGGCAACUCACUACGGAAAUCUUGGUAAUUUGUUUGAGUUGCUCGGGCAAUACGACAAAGCUGAAGAGUAUCUCCAAAGAGCACUUGUCAUCAAAACUGAAAUUGGCGACAGAAAUGGGAAAGCAACAUGUUAUGGAAACCUAGGUACUGUGUUUCAGUCCCUCGGACAAUACACCAAGGCUAGAGAGUAUCUCCGUAAGGCGCUUGUCAUCAAAACCGAAAUUGGCGACAGAAAAGGGGAAGCAUCAUGUUAUGGAAACCUAGGUACUGUGUUUCAGUCGCUCGGGCAAUACGACAAGGCUCAAGAGUAUCUCCAAAAGGCACUUGUCAUCAGAACUGAAAUUGGUGACAGAGAAGGAGAGGCAACUGACUACGGAAAUCUUGGUAAUUUGUUUGAGUCACUCGGGCAAUACGACAAAGCUGAAGAGUAUCUCCAAAGAGCGCUUGUCAUCAAAACUGAAAUUGGCGACAGAAAUGGGAAAGCAACAUGUUAUGGAAACCUGGGUAUUGUGUUUCAGUCGCUCGGACAAUACGCCAAGGCUAGAGAGUAUCUCCAAAAGGCACUUGUCAUCAGAACUGAAAUUGGUGACAGAGAAGGAGAGGCAAGUGACUACGGUAACCUUGGUACUGUGUUUAUGUCGCUCGGACAAUACGCCAAGGCUAGAGAGUAUCUCCAAAAGGCGCUUGUCAUCAGAACUGAAAUUGGUGACAGAAAAGGAGAGGCAACUGACUACGGUAACCUUGGUACGGUGUUUAUGUCACUCGGCCAAUACGACAAGGCUCAAGAGUAUCUCCAAAAGGCGCUUGUCAUCAGAACUGAAAUUGGUGACAGAGAAGGAGAGGCAACUGACUACGGAAAUCUUAGUAAUUUGUUUGAGUCGCUCGGGCAAUACAACAAAGCUGAAGAGUAUCUCCAAAGAGCGCUUGUCAUCAAAACUGAAAUUGGCGACAGAAAUGGGAAAGCAACAUGUUAUGGAAACCUAGGUACUGUGUUUCAGUCGCUCGGACAAUACGCCAAGGCUAGAGAGUAUCUCCAAAAGGCGCUUGUCAUCAGAACUGAAAUUGGCGACAGAGAAGGAGAGGCAAAUGACUACGGUAACCUAGGUACUGUGUUUAUCUCGCUCGGACAAUACGCCAAGGCUAGAGAGUAUCUCCAAAAGGCGCUUGUCAUCAGAACUGAAAUUGGUGACAGAGAAGGAGAGGCAACUGACUACGGUAACCUUGGUACUGUGUUUAUGUCGCUCGGCCAAUACGACAAGGCUCAAGAGUAUCUCCAAAAGGCGCUUGUCAUCAGAACUGAAAUUGGUGACAGAGAAGGAGAGGCAACUGACUACGGAAAUCUUGGUAAUUUGUUUGAGUCGCUCGGGCAAUACGACAAAGCUGAAGAGUAUCUCCAAAGAGCGCUUGUCAUCAAAACUGAAAUUAGCGACAGAAAUGGGAAAGCAACAUGUUAUGGAAACCUAGGUACUGUGUUUCAGUCGCUCGGACAAUACGCCAAGGCUAGAGAGUAUCUCCAAAAGGCGCUUGUCAUCAGAACUGAAAUUGGUGACAGAAAAGGAGAGGCAACUGACUACGGUAACCUUGGUACUGUGUUUAUGUCACUCGGCCAAUACGACAAGGCUCAAGAGUAUCUCCAAAAGGCGCUUGUCAUCAGAACUGAAAUUGGUGACAGAGAAGGAGAGGCAACUGACUACGGAAAUCUUGGUAAUUUGUUUGAGUCACUCGGGCAAUACGACAAAGCUGAAGAGUAUCUCCAAAGAGCGCUUGUCAUCAAAACUGAAAUUGGCGACAGAAAUGGGAAAGCAACAUGUUAUGGAAACCUAGGUAUUGUGUUUCAGUCGCUCGGACAAUACGCCAAGGCUAGAGAGUAUCUCCAAAAGGCGCUUGUCAUCAGAACUGAAAUUGGCGACAGAGAAGGAGAGGCAACUGACUACGGUAACCUUGGUACUGUGUUUAUGUCGCUCGGACAAUACGCCAAGGCUAGAGAGUAUCUCCAAAAGGCGCUUGUCAUCAGAACUGAAAUUGGUGACAGAAAAGGAGAGGCAACAGACUACGGUAACCUUGGUACUGUGUUUAUGUCACUCGGCCAAUACGACAAGGCUCAAGAGUAUCUCCAAAAGGCGCUUGUCAUCGGAACUGAAAUUGGUGACAGAGAAGGAGAGGCAACUGACUACGGAAAUCUUAGUAAUUUGUUUGAGUCGCUCGGGCAAUACGACAAAGCUGAAGAGUAUCUCCAAAGAGCGCUUGUCAUCAGAACUGAAAUUGGCGACAGAAAUGGGAAAGCAACAUGUUAUGGAAACCUAGGUACUGUGUUUAAGUCGCUCGGACAAUACGCCAAGGCUAGAGAGUAUCUCCAAAAGGCGCUUGUCAUCAGAACUGAAAUUGGUGACAGAGAAGGAGAGGCAACUGACUACGGAAAUCUUGGUAAUUUGUUUGAGUCGCUCGGGCAAUACAAUAAAGCUGAAGAGUAUCUCCAAAGAGCGCUUGUCAUCAGAACUGAAAUUGGCGACAUAAAAGGGAAAGCAUCAUGUUAUGGAAACCUAGGUACUGUGUUUCAGUCGCUCGGACAAUACACCAAGGCUAGAGAGUAUCUCCAAAAGGCGCUUGUCAUCAGAACUGAAAUUGGUGACAGAGAAGGAGAGGCAAGUGACUACGGAAAUCUUGGUAAUUUGUUUCAGUCGCUCGGGCAAUACAAUAAAGCUGAAGAGUAUCUCCAAAGAGCGCUUGUCAUCAAAACUGAAACUGGCGACAGAAAUGGGAAAGCAUCAUGUUAUGGAAGCCUAGGUACUGUGUUUCAGUCGCUCGGACAAUACGCCAAGGCUAGAGAGUAUCUCCAAAAGGCGCUUGUCAUCAGAACUGAAAUUGGUGACAGAAAAGGAGAGGCAACUGACUACAGUAACCUUGGUAUUGUGUUUAUGUCGCUCGGCCAAUACGACAAGGCUCAAGAGUAUCUCCAAAAGGCGCUUGUCAUCAGAACUGAAAUUGGUGACAGAAAAGGAGAGGCAACUGACUACGGAAAUCUUGGUUAUUUGUUUGAGUCGCUCGGGCAAUACGACAAAGCUGAAGAGUAUCUCCAAAGAGCGCUUGUCAUCAGAACUGAAAUUGGCGACAGAAAAGGGAAAGCAUCAUGUUAUGGAAACCUAGGUACUGUGUUUCAGUCGCUCGGACAAUACACCAAGGCUAGAGAGUAUCUCCAAAAGGCGCUUGUCAUCAGAACUGAAAUUGGUGACAGAGAAGGAGAGGCAAGUGACUACGGAAAUCUUGGUAAUUUGUUUCAGUCGCUCGGGCAAUACGACAAAGCUGAAGAGUAUCUCCAAAGAGCGCUUGUCAUCAAAACUGAAAUUGGCGACAGAAAUGGGAAAGCAUCAUGUUAUGGAAGCCUAGGUACUGUGUCUCAGUCGCUUGGACAAUACGCCAAGGCUAGAGAGUAUUUCCAAAAGGCGCUUGUCAUCAGAACUGAAAUUGGUGACAGAAAAGGAGAGGCAACUGACUACAGUAACCUUGGUACUGUGUUUAUGUCGCUCGGCCAAUACGACAAGGGUAAAGAGUAUCUCCAAAAGGCGCUUGUCAUCAAAACUGAAAUUGGCGACAGAAAAGGGAAAGCAACAUGCUAUGGAAACCUAAGUGCUGUGUUUCACUUCCUCGGAGAAUACGCCAAGGCUAGAGAGUAUCUCCAAAAGGCGCUUGUCAUCAGAACUGAAAUUGGCGACAGAAAAGGGAAAGCAUCAUGUUAUGGAAACCUAGGUAAUGUGUUUCAGUCGCUCGGGCAAUACGACAAGGCUAAAGAGUAUCUCCAAAAAGCACUCGUCAUCAGAACUGAAAUUGGUGAUAAAGAAGGGAAAGUAAAAGAUCUUGCAAACUUUGGAUGUGUGUGUGGAGCUAUAGGAGAUUAUGAAGCCUCAGAAGUAUGCUUAGAGAAAGCUUUAUCGAUGUCCAGAGAUAUUGGAGAUAGAAGAGGAGAGUUCGAAAUCCUUCGACAUUACGCCAUUUUGUAUUUGUCGCAAGAUAAAAAAGAAGAAUCCCGUUCGUGUCUUUAUCUCUGCAUUGAAAAGUAUGAGGAGCUGAGAUAUUUCUUAGGCGCCAAUGAUCAGUUCAAAACAUCAUUUCUGGAGCACUCAGGAAUAUUUCCCUACAAGCUGCUUUGUAGUUUGCUUUGUGACACCGGAAAUGCUCGGGAUGCUCUUUAUGUUGAGGAGUUGGGUCGAGCUAGAGGCCUAUCAGACUUAAUGGUAGAGAAGUACUCGGUUGGAACGCACAUCUCUGCUAAUCCGCAAUCUUGGUUUGGCGUUGAGAACAUUUUAAGAAAGAAAAAUAACUGUACUUGUCUGUACAUUUCUUAUUUUCACAGUGAUCUGCGUUUGUGGAUCUUAAAGACAAGUGGAGUCCUUCACUAUAGAAUAAUAUCAGUAGAAGAGAAUCUAGUUCAGGCUGGGUUGCCCAAAGAUUUGCCUUUGAGUCAAUUUUUGGAUGGUAAUUUCCGGAGUCUUGGUAUUUUGCCCACUAAAGAUUGUGAAGAUCGGUCUUUAAAUAUGGUUAAAUUGCAACCUCUCUCCCCCGCACAGAAGAGCUCAGCAAGAUUGCGACUCGUCGAGGAGGACGAGGACGAGGAUGAGGACGAGAAAGUGAUUUCAGCUCUAUUUUUGUGUUACAAAAUGUUUAUUGCUCCCGUUUAUGAUUUGCUUGAGGAGCCUGAAGUCAUUAUCGUUCCUGAACGCAGUUUGUACAAAGUUCCCUUUGCUGCACUGAGUGAAAAGGAGGGAGCCCAAUACCUCUCGGAGACUCAUAGAAUCCGUGUCAUUCCUUCUUUGACAACACUCAAGAUUAUUCAAGAUAGCCCAGAGGACUAUCACAGCAACACUGGUGCCUUGAUAAUAGGCAACCCUAAGGUUAAUUGGCUGCCACCAUUGCCAAGUGCAAGAAAGGAAGCGGAGAUGGUCGGACGACUGGUGGGUGUUCUGCCUCUGGUAGGAGAAGAAGCAACGAAGCAGGCGGUGCUUGAGCGGAUAAGUUCAGUGAGCCUGAUUCAUUUUGCUGCCCAUGGUGACGCCGAAAGGGGAGAAAUUGCCCUCUCCCCCAUCCCUAGUACUUCCAACAGGCGAAACGCUAUCUUACCACAUGAAGAUUACAUGUUGACGAUGGCUGAUGUAUCACGAGUGAAAGUCAGAGCUAAACUGGUGGUACUUAGCUGCUGUCACAGUGGAAGAGGUCACAUUAGAGCCGAGGGAGUCAUAGGAAUUGCCCGUGCGUUCUUAGGAUCCGGUGCUCGCUCGGUGUUGGUUGCGCUGUGGGCCAUUUCAGACUCAGGAACAGAGCAGCUGAUGAGUCGGUUCUACGAACACCUUGUAGAGGGAGAAAGUGCCAGUGAAUCCCUCCAUCAGGCCAUGAAGUGGAUGAGAAAAAGCAAGUCUACCAGUGUGUCUGAGUGGGCUUCGUUUACGCUGAUUGGAGAUGAUGUGAGACUCGGGUUUGACAAGCAGAGGUAAGACUCAGUCCGAAAAGAUAUUUCACAAAUUAAAGUCUAAGUAGAUGUGAAGGUAGCUGUGAUUUACUGGUCGGUGACUGUGGGCGGGGGUCCUUUGUUACCAUCAAGGGUAGUUCGGUAUAUAUCCAUAUACAUAUAUUUUUUUUCUUUUCUUUUCGGAGAGUUACUAUCGACGCUCUCUGGUGUAAAUAUAGAAUCUCGAAAGGGCCUCUCUGCCAAUCACAUACAAGUGCUAGCCAUUUAUAUUUUUAGAUAUUAAGCUUGGUAUAAUUGUAUUUGCUUCAUAUCCAAAAUAUUAAUCGAGUUAAUAAUAAAUUGCUGUUUUUUUUUCACUUUUUUUACAGAGAAUGAGACCCCGACAGAGUAAAUAAUGAGAAUCACUCGAAGGAAACAGAGCCAAAAGACUUUUAGAUGCAUAAAUUGAAUAGAGCAAAGUAGAGAACAUACUUUAUCCGGUAUUUCAUUGAAAUUAAAAAAGGAGCUAUCCCAAAUUAGAUUUUUUUUCUUUCUUUUUCAAUAUUGUUAAAAGAUAAAAUUUGUAUCUAUCCAGUGUUUUUUUUUACUUAUUUAAACGUUGGAAAUGAAUGGAAAUAGUAUAUUAGCAUAAGCCAUUCAGUAAAAAUUAUAAUAAGCCAGUUGAUCAUUUCUUAUUCCUUUUGGCGGUCUUAUCUUACAGGUAUAAUUUAGCACGCUCGACACCUCUUUUUCUUAGAGGUGACUUAAGGUGUAAACAAGUAGUACUUUUCAUCCUCCGCACUGAAUUUAUAAUCAGGUAAUUUAUACGAAUAGCACGUAGCUCUUUUAGGGGGGGUACCUUGGGUACGCCCUUUCUUGUCCGAAUUUUCUGUUUAUUGUGCUGUUAUGCAACAGUCUUCGAGGAGUAUUUCCUCUUAAGAUAUAUUUUCAAGUAUGAUUCUAAUUCUGUUGGUAAUUUCAUUACAAUUUUUAUAUUAUCAAUCUUGUUUUAGUUAUGACCAACAUUGACUGUAAGACUAAGAAAUUUAAGGAAGAAAAUGAUUUUGUAAAGCGUAAACAUCUCGAAGGUAUCUACUUAGUAUGCGAACUCCACUCUGCGUAGCUUAACGUGAUUCGCUAGUUAAGUGUAAAAAGAUGACGAAGGUUAAAGAUUGGCAGCUCAGUAAGCGUCCCUUUUAUAAGCGGAGAACCACACUUUCCUUGUUAGAUCUGAGUUAGUCCCGAGGUAAUAAGUUGUAUGUAAGAAAGAGAAGAAUAAAGAAACCUUCAACUGAACAACGCAAAAAUUAUAUUUCCAAUAUCAUAGGCACAGAAAAACGUUGACGUAAGUAAGGCUUUAAAGUAAAGCGAAAUCAGUAAAGUUAAAAGAGGGUCUGAAUGGGGUUAACCGACUAGCGACAAAGGGCGUAAAAAAUUACUGACUACCGACCAAACGGGGAAAAAAUUACCGACUAGCGACAAAUAAAUUCUAACCGACAACCGACAUGGUCAGACGUGAUAGGGAUGUUUGUAUUCAGAAAGAACAGCAUUUUGAUGAUUUCUAGCUCAGAAAAUCCUUCUUCACCCGACGUAACCACAUUAAUUCCAAAUUUAGCCGAAUUAUAGAAUUUCUUGUCUUCAAAUUACUUUAAAUUCACGGGAUCCUUCUUUUCGGGCUGACAAGACGCCCUGCUGUCUCAUUUCAAGAACAGCGGAUCACAAUCGAGCCGACGAGACGCCCUGCUGUUGUCUUUUUAUUGCUCGAUGUUUGUUCAUGCGGUCGGGUCAUGACUGGGAUUGCUUAAGUCAUCGUGAGUUUUUUUCGAAAAGGUGAAGAAGUCGCCAUCGAACGUCAUCGAAGCAGGGUCCCAGUAGACAAAGAAGCUCAUAGAGGAGUAUCUGAACUAAAAAGACAUCUUACGGAGUUUUUAGGACUAAAGGAGCAGGCACAUCAAUAUGGAAUUGGCGGAUUUUCGUAAAAGUUAUUUCGCUUGGCGAAAUCGCCUGCGGGCAAAUGCGAAAAUUUUGCAGUUGUGACGGAUGGGCAAUGACAGCUUGAACUUCCAAAUUUAAUAUCGGAUGAAAGUAGCAGUGAGCUCAACGGUAAGUGUGGAACGCGUGCAGCGGAGUUUGAUGAAUCACUUUAGUUCUGUAGUUAAUAUUAAGCUCAAAUAUUAACGUGGUUAAACUCUGGUUCCACCGUUUUUUGUUUGUUGUUUUGUGGAGCGGAAUGUUUUUUUUUUCUUUUUCACCGUCCAUUUGAAUGCGAAAAUUGAGAAGAAAAAUCUCUACAAAGAAGUAGCGAGUAAAUCAGUUUAUAAGCUUCUUUCUGAUUAAUUGGUGAAUGAACAACAGUGUAGCUUAACAUAUUAAAGACCCCGUUUAUUUAUACACGCCCUUAAAUUUAUUCGUUUCUGAAAACCAGACGUUCAAAUAAUAUUCAAUUCUCUCCUCGAGGGAAGCUACGCACGAGAGAUUUCGCUCGAUGUGCACGUUUUAUACAUCUUGACGAGCAUUUGCUGAUAAGAACUGUGUAACUUUCUCAAAAGCCUACUAAAGAGAAAACUUAAAACACACGGUAUUUAAUAUUUUAGUACACAUUAUCCAAGAGGUCACAAACUGGACCGGAAAGCCAGUAGUGUUGCUGAAGGCGCCGGCUACAUCUGAUAAAAGCAAGCAGAAGUCAAUGAACGACACUGAGAAGAAAGGUGACGAGUCAAAAGUGAGAAGGAAACGGAAAUCACGAGAAGAAGCAAAAGAAGAUGAAAAUCUGGCAAAGAGGAUCAUGACUGAAGGAGGUGACAUCGAGAGAAACGAAAGGCAACAAGGAGAACUUCAAAAGUUCCAGGAUGGUAGGGCUGAAUUAGCACUUGUAGUUCGUUUACCUGAUUUUCAAAAGUCAUAAAUUUCGCUACUUUGGAAAUUCUGCGGUAUUCCUUGUUUAUAAACACUGCCUUGUUUAUACAACGAAAAACGCUCACUUGGUGCGUUCGCUAUGUAAAGAUAGUUUUUUUAAAUUCCGGCUAAAAACUGUAUUAUUAUCACUUUGAUGGGCAUUGUGGCGCAUUUUGCGUGCUAAAAUAACGAAUUUGAACAAUUGGAACAAUUUGCAAGGAAUCUCUGAAGCGCACAUCUAGAUGGGCAGCAAAGUACUUCACGCAUGACAAAUCCUACUAUCCGGUACCUCAAUCCGCCAUGCCCCUUUCUGCUAUAGCUACGAUGACACCUUUGCCAAGUGAGGACAUAACACCAGGGAUGGAAGGACAGAUCAAAGAGUGGCUCUAGAGGUACAGACCAGUACGCCAACGGACGGUUAGGAGUGAGACCACAAAAGAUAAGGCUGGGGCCUUGCCGCCAGCUGUCUACGCCGUUCACCACACCGACGAGUCUGAAGAGAGGCUUCGAUAUCCUGAAGAAAACACUGUAUCGUCAGCAAAUGCACAACGCGUUGUCAGCAUACAAUUUGUGGACGAAGGGGAUGUUACUGAGGUGUUUGAGGAUCACAGAGAAGUACAAAUCGAUGAGUAUGAGACAGAUUCGGAUGACGAGGAAUCAGAUUUUGAAGAACAUCCAGAGGUUGUCAACAGAACGUGUGUUACCCGAUCCGGCAGGGCUGUUCGUGCAUUUGUGCGUCUCGACAUGUAAGAGGUACUAACAGUUAAAAAAUCCAUUUAACGGUGCAGAUUGAUACGUAUGACAACCAAAUUUUUGGCAAAAAAAAAGAGAAAAAAAAGAAACCUCGCAGAAAAGCCACGAGAGCCGUUGAAUAAUAAGUGUAGUGAGUUUUUGUAGACGUCUCGGAAAAAAGACUUCCGUAGCUUACAAAUUAAAAUUAGGUAUCCCAGGGGCUAGAGUGGGUGUUUCAUUCUUUGUAGAAUUUACCUCUCUUGAUUUACUUCGAUGCCCCGCAGUCGACAGGAAACAAAUUCACAUCUAUAUAAAGCUUUGCUGAAUUUUAUCGGUACACUAGAUUUGCAAACAAAAGUGGGGUAGAUGAGCACGUUGCUAAAUUAAAAAACAGCGUUAACGAGGUUUAAGUGAAAACAAAUAAUGAAUUACUACAAGUAUUACACUUCGUCUAUAGUUUAAAGUCAUAAAACUGGGCAAAUUGCAUAAUAAAUGUGAAUAAUUAACGUGUAUUUUUAAUUAUUAACUGAGAUUUACCGACAACCGACAAAGGUCAAAAAUCUUAACCGACAACCGACAAAGUAAUGAAAUUUUAACCGACAACCGACAUUUUGACCCCCCCAUUCAGACCCUCUUAAAAGAGUAGUUUAGAUAUAAAACGAACCACUAGAAUCUGGUUAAAUUUUUUUUCAAAGCCUUUUGUAAGGUUUAGUUAACAAAUCUUCAAUAUUUGAG